CGCGGGCUCGGUGUUGUUGCAGGUUCAGAGCGCGGUGACUUUCUUCUCGACCUCAGAGAGAAACAGAGAGCGGGAGAGACGGACACGGACAGAGGUUUAUGGUUUACAGCUGUGUCCAGUUUGUUCUUGAGGGACGACAAGAGCUGCUCAACCCAGGUGGACCCAGGUGAGACCCUGAAGAAGAAGAAUCCCUGCGUUGCUGGAGGAAUUUCUCCGAGAAGGAAGAAGGAAGGAAGGAAAGCAGGGAGCCGGACAGACUGAGCAGGGCCGCUGGGUGCUGAACUGAAUCCUCCAGCUUCAGGAGCUCCAGCGCUGAGAGAUGGGGGACUACUACCAGAUUCUGGGUGUUCGGCAGGACGCGUCUCCGGACGACAUAAAGAAAGCGUACAGAAAACAGGCCUUAAAAUGGCAUCCAGAUAAAAACCCAGAAAACAAAGAAGAAGCUGAGAGGAGAUUUAAGGAGAUCUCUGAAGCCUAUGAAGUUCUCUCAGACGAAAACAAGCGUAGCUUAUACAACAGAUACGGUAAAGAAGGCCUAAAUGGAGGCGGAGGCAGAGGACAUUAUGACGACCACUUUGGCGGUGGAUUCACAUUCCGCAAUCCUGAAGACGUCUUUAGGGAAUUCUUUGGAGGCAGAGACCCUUUCGCAGAAUUCUUCGGAGACGACCCGUUUGAUGAUUUCUUUGGCGGAGGCCGUCGGCAGAGGGGCAUGAGGAGUCGCACUACCGACUCGUUCUUCGGCGGGUUUGGAGGGUUCCCCGCAUUUGGCCAUGGGUUCUCAGGCUUUGACUCAGGUUUCACCCCCUUCGGGCCGAUGGGCGGCGGAAGCUUCACCUCCUUCUCCGUGUCCUCGUUCGGAGGAGGAGGAGGAGGAGGAGGAGGUGGAGGAGGUGGAGGAGGAGGAGGAGGAGGAGGAGGAGGAGGAGGGGGCAACUUUCGCUCGGUCUCCACAUCCACCAAAUUCAUCAACGGCAGAAAGAUCACCACCAAACGCAUCGUGGAGAACGGUCAGGAGCGAGUGGAGGUUGAGGAAGAUGGACAGCUUAAGUCCCUCACAGUCAAUGCUUGUCCUGAGCGUGAUGUGUUAGAGGAGGAGCAGAGUCGGUACCGGCCGAGCGCUUUGCCUGGACCUUCCAGUCACAACCGCUACCUCAGAAACGUAGCAGAAGAAGAAACUGGAGACAGAGGCCUGCAGGGCCUGGCUUACUCCAGAGGCCUCUUCGACAACAGAAGAAAGAAGCUGUGGCUGAAGGAGGCGGACUCCAAAAAGAAACGCGCUCCCCGCUUGGCUCCUCGGAUCGGAGCCUGGUUCUGAGGAGCCGUCACGACUCAGCUAAAGUGAAAAUGCACGACUGAGCACCUUUAUGUUUUAGCGAAAUCCAGAAGGGCUGUGGAUUAUAAACCCAUACGCAUAAAUCCAUUAUAUAUCCUAUUCAUAUCACGUGACCUUCUCGCCAAACUUACUGCUGCUGCUGGACAUUUGAAGCCCCCAAGUUUAUCCAGUAUAAAUGCAUUCAUUGUGUUGAAUCCAUACAUUUGUGAAGAAAGUUUACUAUUAAAGCCCCAGUUCAGUACAAGGGAUAGAUAACAAUCCAGAAGCUGUACAUCAUAUUUCAUUGCGGUUAAUCCAGUGAUUCUUGCUGAUGUUCUUGUUAUGCUGUCCUCUACAGCUAUGUUAAUUUGUCCAUCAUCACCCAAAACACGGGACUUUUUUAGUUGUUUAUCAGUAAAGUGGGAAAUGGUCAAUAAGUUUUCCCAUGCCAACUUAACGAGGGCCUGUAUGGUCAUGUGUAGAAUUUCCAUCAAAGCAAAAAUUCCAGUAAAAACGUCAAUUUACCCACUGCAACCGUAGAAAAUUCCAGAACUGUGCUCUGAUUAGUUUUUCAGUUAUGAUUUUUUAAAAAAUGCACCCCUUUAGGUUCUAAAUCACAUCUUGAAUGUUGAGUCUGCUACUUAGAGAAUGACUGAACUGAGCUGAAAUAUUAAAUAAAUACAACACCAUGAGUAAUAUUUCACUAAUUUAUGUUACAGUAUAUUUGUUACAUUUUUAUGUCAGAUUAUGCAAUAUUUCAUUUUUUUAGUUUUCAAGAUUAUUUUGAAAAUUAUAUUCCAUACAGAAAUUAAUAAUUAAUACAUUUGGUAGAAAUAUACAAAUGCUACAUUAAACCCAUAUUUUGCAAGAAAACUUAAAACUGACUAGAAAAUGAAAUAUGACAUAAAAUGUCAGUAAAUAAAUAAAAUAAAAUAAAUUAAUUAAUUAAUCUGUUGUAGGUACUAAUUAACAUGAAAUGGGCAGAUUUACAGUUAAACAUUAUUCUUAGUGGAGUAUUAGUACUCAGCUAAUGUUUUAGCAGUUUAGUCAUUCUGUAAGCAGUAAAAAGUAGGUAUUUAAAAUGCAAUUUGGAAUCAAAUGAUCCACAUUUUAAAAAUGCAUAAC